AUGUCUACAGACAUCAGCUCUGAGGAGAAAUUUCUUCCUUUGCCCGAUGGGCGUACCUUGGCAUACGAAGAAGCAGGAAACCCAUCUAGCAAGACUGUCGUUCUUUACAUGCAUGGCUUUUUCACUGUUGGGGACGCGUCGCAGACAUCUCAUGUCCUUCUGAACAAGAAUGUUCAUUUCAUCACGCCCACCCUGCCUGGAUGGGGCAACACCGACAUGACCACGCUUUUAUCCCACCUAUACCCAGAUUUCGAUGGCCGGGGCUCGCUCGGUACAGUGCCUGCACAGAUAUUGUACGGUGCACCGUAUGACAAGUUUCCAUUCGGCCGGUGCAUAUCAGGCAUGCUGCUAUUAGGCGCGUUCAGCCCGUUUCGAUACCAAAAAGAUUACGCCAAACACAUGACGUGGACGCAAUAUAUCCUACCUGGCCCCAUCGGGUACUACAUGCCAUUCAACCUUCUCGCUCAUCUAAUUAAAUUCGUGCUGGUGAGAAAGUUGAAGACUAUAGAAGGAGCAGAGGCAUCGUUGCGUGAAACUGUUUUUGACCUGAUGGACCAGGCGGAGCGGGAGGAGUUCGCGAAGUGGAGCGAGGAACGCGGGAUGGUACCAGAUGAUACAGUGCGGACAAUGGCGAAAAAUGUCAUGAAGAGCACCUCCAAGUCUUGGGAAGGUUUUAUGCUUACGCCACCUCUUCUGCACUCAGAUUGGGGUUUCCGGCCUGACGCAUUGGACGAGGAUCACUCUCGUCCUCCUAUCCUGCUCACAGCGAGCAAGGACGACCACAUGACUCCCGUGGCUUAUGCAUACUAUCUUGCUGCCAAUUACAAGAAUGCACGGAUCAAACACGUUGAUGGGGGUCAUAUGAGUACUUUAUACUACAUGGACGAAGUAUGGACAGAGUUUCUGGCUGACGAGCAAUAG